CCAACUCUGCUUCUUCCAUUUCCAACAUCACCACCAACUCUUACGCUGCGACGCCCGAUCACACCCGCCGCUUCAGCCCCACCUUUACUUCAUCUCCCAGGCACAACUCCAAGGGCAGUAUGAGAAUUUCCGCCAACUCCCAGCCCAAGAUCAUCACCGGCGAAGCUGGCUACGUUCUCGAAGACGUCCCUCACUUGUCCGAUUACAUCCCCGAUCUCCUUACGUAUUCCAAUCCAUUACAGGACAAUCCUUCUUAUUCAGUUGUUAAGCAGUAUUUCGUUAAUGUCGAUGAUAGUGUUGCCCAGACGAUUGUAGUCCAUAAAGAUAGUCCAAGAGGCACACAUUUUCGACGUGCUGGACCGCGUCAGAAGGUCUAUUUUGAACCGGAUGAUGUUCAUGCAUGUAUUGUCACAUGUGGUGGUUUAUGUCCAGGCUUAAAUACAGUAAUUAGAGAAAUAGUAUGUGGGUUGUACUACAUGUACGGUGUCCACCGAAUUCUUGGAAUAGAGGGAGGAUACAAGGGAUUUUAUGCCAGAAAUACAAUUCCAUUAACACCAAAGGUUGUAAAUGACAUCCAUAAACGUGGUGGCACAAUCCUUGGGACAUCACGAGGUGGCCAUGAUACCUCAAAGAUUGUGGAUAGCAUUCAGUACAGACGAAUUAAUCAGGUUUACAUUCUCGGGGGAGAUGGUACACAGAAAGGAGCUUCUGUAAUAUUUGAGGAAUGCAGGAGGCGUGGCCUCAAAGUUGCAGUGGCAGGAAUUCCAAAAACUAUUGAUAAUGACAUUCCGGUUAUAGACAAGUCCUUUGGAUUUGACACUGCCGUUGAGGAGGCUCAACGAGCCAUUAAUGCAGCUCAUGUUGAAGCAGAAAGCAUUGAGAAUGGUAUUGGCGUUGUCAAGUUAAUGGGUCGCUACAGUGGAUUUAUAGCCAUGUAUGCUACUCUUGCCAGCCGAGACGUGGAUUGUUGCCUGAUUCCAGAGUCACCUUUCUAUCUGGAAGGAGCAGGUGGACUAUUUGAAUACAUUGAAAAAAGACUUAAAGAGAACGGCCACAUGGUUAUAGUAAUAGCUGAAGGUGCAGGACAAGAGCUUCUAGCUGAAAGCAUGCUUGCCAUGAACCAUCAGGAUGCUUCUGGAAAUAAGCUUCUUCAAGAUUCUGGCCUGUGGUUAUCACAGAAGAUUAAGGACCACUUCUCAAAACUGAACAAGAUGUCUAUAAAUCUCAAAUAUAUAGAUCCUACUUACAUGAUCCGUGCUAUUCCGAGUAAUGCGUCUGACAAUGUAUACUGCACCCUCCUUGCUCAUAGUGUGGUUCAUGGUGCAAUGGCUGGAUAUACAGGCUUCACCGUCGGCUCUGUUAAUGGGAGGCAUGCUUAUAUUCCAUUCCAUCGGGUGACAGAGAGACAGAACAAGGUUGUGAUUACUGACAGAAUGUGGGCACGGCUAUUAUCAUCAACUAAUCAGCCAAGUUUCUUGGACCUGAAGGAAGAAACUGAAAAGAAAGAGGAGGAAACAGAAUCACAACUGGCCAAUGGGGUAACUCAUUUAGACGAAACUGCUUCGGUUAGGCUGAAGGUGUAGGGAAUGCGAGCAAUUCAUUCAUUCAGGAGAUCGAAGAUCAAUGCAUCCUAUGUGGUACCCUUUUCGUUUUCUUUCUCUCCUCUCUAGCUUCCUGUUCAAUUCAUCUCUUACAAGGGCACUAGCCAAGUGAAGUUUUAGGUUUUAAUGUUAAUAGACCACAUUAUAAAGAUGAGGUUAUGUGUUAUGCACCCGAGUAUCAUGUACAUUGGUGAAAGGAGGGAGUAUACAUUAGAAUUUGUUGUAGCAGAAAUACAUGGCAU